UGUCUUACAAAUUACUCAAUUUGUCCUUUUCUUCUUCUUUCCUCACCCUCCCAGCUGUCUUCUCCCUUGCCAGCCUCGAGCAUAUAAGACGUCCGAAUUGACAUCCCACCCGACUCGGUCAUCAACUUACACCAUCCCAGCAGCCAGUCGAAUCCUGACAAAGUCCCGCCCGACCCCUCUCCGACGACCCUCCGAUAAUUCAACCUAUAAUCCUCAAAGGACGAACAACACCACCGUCAUCCACAAUGGCUACCAACGGACACUCUGCGAACAAGUUCCUCAUCUGGGGUGGCGAGGGCUGGGUUGCGAACCACCUCAAAGUCCUCCUCGAGGGACAGGGCAAGGAGGUCUACACCACCACCGUCCGCAUGGAGAACCGUGAGGGCGUCCUCGCCGAGCUCGAGAAGGUCAAGCCUACCCACGUCCUCAACUGUGCCGGCUGCACUGGUCGCCCCAAUGUCGACUGGUGUGAGGACAACAAGGAGGCUACGAUGCGAUCCAACGUUAUCGGCACCCUGAACCUCACCGACGCCUGCUUCCUCAAGGGCAUCCACUGCACCGUCUUUGCCACCGGCUGCAUCUACCAGUACGACGAUGCCCACCCCAUUGGCGGUGCUGGCUAUCUCGAGACCGACCCUGCCAACUUCAAGGGCAGCUUCUACUCGGACACCAAGGGUCACGUUGAGGAGAUCAUGAAGCACUACAAGAAUUGCCUCAUCCUCCGCCUGCGCAUGCCCGUCAGCGACGACCUCCACUCUCGCAACUUUGUUACCAAGAUUGCCAAGUACGACCGUGUCGUUGAUAUCCCCAACUCCAACACCAUUCUUACCGAUCUCCUCCCGGCGUCCAUUCUCAUGGCCGAGCACAAGGACACUGGUAUCUACAACUUCACCAACCCGGGUGCCAUUUCUCACAACGAGGUGCUCUCCCUCUUCAAGGAGAUUGUGCGUCCCGAUUUCACAUGGAAGAACUUCUCGCUCGAGGAGCAGGCCAAGGUCAUCAAGGCCGGCCGCAGCAACUGCAAGCUCGACACCACCAAGUUGGAGAAGAAGCUCAAGGAGUACAACUACACGGUGCCCGAGGUCCACGAUGCCUACAGGGGAUGCUUCGAGCGCAUGAAGGCCAACGGUGUCGUGUAAAUAGAAGAGGAAAAAAAAGCAAAUCGGAUUUGGCGCAUAUGGGAACUUAGCUACUCUAGCAAGACUUAGAGACUGGAAUGAACUCGAAAAAUUGCAGUUUGAAAUGUUGAAGACUAUCCAGAUUGACAUAGCGAGCACAGCAUGAUUCCAAAUGCCAUCGGGCUGGUGUCAGGCACUGAAGAUUGAACGGUGUCCUUUGCGCGAGAGUCGGUGCAGCCGGGGUGGAGAAGAGUCAUCUCGGCGUUGUCCGGUUGACUUGAGCUCUGAAAGCUUGUGAAGCGGAUCGCCAACUGUUGUCGAUCACUUUGGAGGCC